CAUUGACUGCAGUGUAAAAUUCUCUUGUAUUGCAUGAGAUCUACUCUAGGUGCUUUAUUGUUUUUAUUUCAAGUAACUGUUUUCCUAUUUGGAUUCUGCUUGUUUAAGGAGUUUCCGCAGCUAUCUGAACAAACAAAAGAAGAGACGAUGCUGCAAGUUAAGUUGAAUGAAAUCUGCUUGACAUGCUACUGAAGAUGGAGUUUGUUAAAGAGGAGUUUAAAGAGGAGAGUGAAGACAUCAGUAUUUCUGAACCAUUCAGACUGAAGAAUGAAGAUACUGAGGAACAAAAAGAACUGUUGAAGCUGAAAGAGGAAAGUGAAGCACUGAAUGAAGUGGAGGAGAAAAAUCAGCAUCAGGAACCUGAUAAUUUCUUAACUGGAGAAAAAUCAUUUUAUUACUCACAGACUGAAAAUACAUUCUCACAAAAAAGAACAAAGACAAAAAAAGAUUUAAUCUGCCCUCAGUGUGGAAGAAGUUUCAGACAUAAAGGAAACCUUAAUUACCACAUGAGAAGUCAUUCUGGAGAGAAGCCUUUUACAUGCCUCCAGUGUGGCAAGAACUAUAAACAAAAAAGAAGCCUUAAAAUCCACACAAGAAUUCAUACGGGAGAAAAGCCGUUUAAAUGCCAUCAGUGUGGAAGGAGUUGCAGAGAUGCAACGGCCCUUAAGGAUCACACGAGAACUCACACUGGAGAGAAGCCUUUCACAUGCCUUCUUUGUGGAAGGAGUUUCACACAUAAAGCAAGCCUUAAAAUUCACACAAGAAUUCAUACUGGAGAAAAGCUGUUUAAAUGCCAUCAGUGUGGAAGUGGUUUCAUAGACGCAACAGCCCUGAAGGAUCACAUUGGAAUUCACUCUGGAGAAAAGCCUUUCAAAUGCCUUCAGUGUGGUAAGGGUUUCACACACAAAAGAAGUCUUAAAAGGCACAUGAGAUUUCACAUUGGAGAGAAACCUUACACAUGCCCUCAGUGUGGAAAGUGUUUCACUCAAAAAGGAGACCUGAAAAUACACACAAGAAUACAUACUGGAGAAAAGCCGUUCACGUGUCUUCAGUGUGGAAGGAGUUUUCCAAGCAAAAAUGCCCUUACGGUUCACAUGAGAAUCCACACUGAAGACAGACCUUUCACAUGCCUUCAGUGUGAGAAGAGUUUCAGACAUAAAAGAAGCCUCACAAGUCACAUUGGAAUUCACGGUGGAGAGAAACCUUAAGGUUCACAUGAGAAUUCACUCUGGAGAAGGGCUGGACUGGGACUAAAAACCAGCCUUGGAACAACCUUUCCCCAUUGAAGUAGAUUGGUGUUGUACUUGGAUGAAGAGAAAAUAAACUCAGCAAAAAAUUAAACGUCCUCUCACUUUCAACUGCUUUAUUUUCAGCAAACUUAAUGUGUAAAUAUUUGUAUGUGAAAAGAUUCCACAACUAAGACAUAAACUGAACAAGUUUCACAGACCUGUGACUAACAGAAAUGGAAUAAUGUGUCCCUGAACAAAUUGGGAGUCAAAAGUAACAGUCAGUUUCUGCAGUGCAUCUCCUCCUCAUGGACUACACCAGAUUUGCCAAUUCUUGUUGUCAGAUGUUACCCCACUCUUCCACCAAGGCACUUGCAAUUUCCCAGACAUUUCAGGGGGGAAUGGCCUUGCUCUCAGUCUCCGAUCCAACAGGUCCCAGACAUGCUCAAUGUGAUUGAGAUCCGGGCUCUUCCCUGGCCAUGGCAGAACACUGACAUUCCUGUCUUGCACGAACAGACAUAACGAGCAGUAUGGCUGGUGGCAUUGUCAUGCAGGAGGGUCAUGUCAGGAUGAUUGCAGGAAGGGUACCACAUAAGGGAGGAUGUCUUCCCUGUAACGCACAGUGGUAAGAUUGCCUGCAAUGACAGCUCAGUCCGAUGAUGCUGUGACACACUACCCCAGACCAUUAAUGGACCCUCCACCUCUAAAUCAAUCCCGCUCCAGAGUACAGGCCUCUGUGUAACACUCAUUCCUUUGAUGAUAACGCGAGUCCGACCAUCACCCCAUGUGAGACAAACUAACGACUCACAGUAAAGAGCACUUUUUGCCAGUCCUGUCUGGUCCAGUGAAGGUGGGUUUGUGUUGCUGGUGAUGUCUGGUAAGGACCUACCUUACAACAGGCCUACAAGCCCUUAGUCCAGCUUCUCUCAGCCUAUUGCGGACACACUCAUCACUGAUGGAGGGAUUGUGCAUACCUGGUGUAACUCGGGCAGUUGUUGUGGCAUCCUCUACCUGUCCCACAGGUGUGAUAUUUGGAUGUCUGAUCCUGUGAAGGUGUUGUUACACAUGGUCUGCCACUGCGAGGAUGAUCAGCUGUUCUUCUUUUCUCCCUGUAACGCUGUCUCACAGUACGGACAUUGCAAUUUAUUGCCCUGGCCACAUCUGCCGUCUUCAUGCCUCCAUGCAGCAUGCCUAAGGCAUGUUCACGCAGAUGAGCAAGGUCCCUGAGCAUCUUUCUUUUGGUGUUUUUCAGAGUCAGUAGAAGGUCUCUUUUGUAUCCUAAGUUUUUAUAACUGUGACUUUAAUUGCCUACCGUCUGUAAGCUGUUAGUGUCUUAACGACUGUUCCACAGGUGCAUGUUCAUUAAUUGUUUAGGGUUCAUUGAACAAGCAUGGAAAACAUUGUUUAAACCCUUUACAAUAAAGAUCUGUAAAGUUAAAUGGAUUUUUACAAAAUUAUCUUUAAAAUACAGUGUCCUGAAAAAGGGACGUUUCUUUUUUGCUGAGUUUAUCUGCGUUAAAAACAAGGCAUACCAAGUGACCUGAGUUGCCUUAAAGGGGCUAUGCUGGUGAUUUGUUUGCUAAAAUCCUUUUGGCUUGGUUGUAUUGCAGUUUAUGAAUGAAUAGGGAACAUUAAUGUAAUUGAUUUCUCAAGGUUUAGUAUACUAUUGUGUAGAGAUCGACUGAUUAUAGUUUUUUCCAUAUAUUUUCUGAUAUUCAAGCAUUUUCUUUAAUCGGAUUUUGUUUAUGUAAUAUUGGACCACGAUAACUGGCACCAUCUGGUGGAUGUUUUAGAAAUUACACGCAAGACCGCUAUUACAGCAGUGCAUGUAAGGAAACUAGUAUUGACACUGACUACCACCCCUGGAGUCACGCAUUAGAAUCCAGGGCAUGCUGAGUGACUCCAGCUUGGUCUUCUAAGCAACCAAAUUGGCCCGGUUGCUAGGGAGGGUAGAGCCACAUGGGGUAACCUCCACGUGGUCACUAUAAUGUGUGGUUCUCGCUCUCGGUGGGGGCGUGGUAAGUUGUGCAGAGAAUAGUGUGGGUCUCCACAUGCACUAUGUCUCCGUGGUAAAGCACUCAACAAGCCACGUGAUAAGAUGCUGGGAUUUAUGGUCUUGGAUGCGGAGGCAUCUGAGAUUUGUCCUCUGUCAUCCGGAUUGAGGCGAGUCACUACGCCACCACGAGGACUUUGAGCGCAUUGGGAAAUGGGCAUUCCAAAUUGAGGAGAAAAGGGGAGAAUUUUUGUAUUAUAUCGAAAAGUCUUGGAUGAAUGCAUGUUGGAAAUAAAUAAGUUUAAUUUAAUUCUCUGUUGGCUAUUCUUAUUAUUCUCAUUAGUAAAAUUGCCAUUCUCUAGGCUGAUGCUCAGGCGUGUUCUACCGUAUGUUGCCAGCUGCUAUAAACAAGAUCCAUUUGUUUAAAAUUACCUUAAUUAUAUCAACAUUUUCUAUUUAAAUUAAUUUGCUAUGAAUCAUCAUCUAUGUAAUUAUAGCUCUGUGGAAAUUAAUUUAUUAUCUCUGCAGCAUCCUUUGAGUAUAAGUUUUCCAUAAACACAGAAAUUCAUGGGGCAAAAUACUUUUCACAAUAA